CAUGUGCCAAGCCUGCCAAGGACUUUGUGAAAAUAACAUUUUGUUUGAUUGUUCAACUUGAAGUGACUUUGGUUACUGGGAUUUCCAGAGCUUCUAAGUAAGGCCCCCGCAAAGGAAGAAGCACAUCUUAAAGCUUUAAAAGGUGCCUGGGUGUGACGGCAUACCUCCAAAAAAGGAGACUCCAAUGGACUGCAAGGCAGAGAGUUCCACUGUUGAACAGCUUGCAUGGUCAGGAAGUCUAUAUAUAUAAAAGGGUAAUGGAAUCACGGCACCGGACAAAACAACUAAACUAAAUGCCCCACAACCUCGAAAAUUGACAGCACAACCUCUCAUCCACGCCUCUAUGUUCAUACAACAAAAAGAAAAGAAAAAUUAAGUCCUAGCCACAGCAACGCCUGGCCGGGCAUAGCUAUCUAUAUAUAUAAAAGGGUAAUGGAAUUGCGGCACCGGACAAAACAACUAAACUAAAUGCCCCACAACCUCGAAAAUUGACAGCACAACCUCUCAUCCAUGCCUCUACGUUCAUACAACAAAAAGAAAAGAAAAAUUAAGUCCUAGCCACAGCAAUGCCUGGCCAGGCAUAGCUAUCUAUAUAUAUAUAAAAGGGUAAUGGAAUCGCGGCACUUGACAAAACAACUAAACUAAAUGCCCCACAACCUCGAAAAUUGACAGCACAACCUCUCAUCCACGCCUCUAGGUUCAUACAACAAAAAGAAAAGAAAAAUAAAGUCCUAGCCACAGCAACGCCUGGCCAGGCAUAGCUAUCUAUAUAUAUAAAAGGGUAAUGGAAUCGCGGCACUGGACAAAACAACUAAACUAAAUGCCCCACAACCUCGAAAAUUGACAGCACAACCUCUCAUCCACGCCUCUACGUUCAUACAACAAAAAGAAAAAUAAAGUCCUAACCACAGCAACGCGUGGCCGGGCACAGCUAGUUCUUCCUAAUUGAACCCAUGGUCUCCAGGGCAGAAGAAAACAAGCCCGAUCCCUCUUCCUAAUGACAGCAGGGCAGAGAAAACAAGUCUGCCCCCCUGUCGAUAUGACUUUUCAAAUAUUUGAAGAUGGCAAUCAUUUUGUCUCCAGGGCGAAUGAAUGUAUCUCCUUGGAAACUCUCUGGAGGGACAGGGACAGACGUGGACUUCAGAACAAUUUUCAGCUCGGUUGCAUUUCUCAGUUCCGUCAGAUAUUCCGUUCUCGGCAGGAAAGUGUCAGAGUGAAACUAGCAGCGCCUUAUACACCGUACCAUGAGAACCCGACCGAUUCAAACACCACAGGAUCUGUCAGUUCUUCUUCCUGAGUCAUUCAGAAAAAGGAACCUUUGAGUCUGAACGAGAAGCAGUUCACAGCAAACGCCUUCGAAUGCUGAACACAACACCAGACCUGACUCAGAAGUGACUGAAGGCCAAUUGUUUCCUCGAGUGAAAUGUAGCAUUUAUCAACGAUGAAAUUCUCCCGCGGAAAGACGAUCCUGUUAUCGGUGUUCUCCCUCGUGCUUUUAUCGCUGGCCCUUUUCAUGUAUCUGGACAGGGAUAGGACAUUCGUAUGGAUGUACAACAGCAGGCACCUAAAGUUCGACCACGCGCCGGAGUGGCUGGCCCUGCCCAACUUGUUUCAGUUACGAGAGAAAUACGCCAACAAUGAACCCAAGGGGCUCCCGCUCUCCGCCUGGUUUGACCCACGUGCAAGAACGGAAAUCUCCACCAUGACUUACUGGUCGGCCCCCAUCAUAUGGGAUAAAACAUUCAAUAAGUCGGUUUUGGAAGACUACUAUAAGAAGCACCACGUCACCAUCGGCCUGACGGUCUUUGCCACUGGGAAGUACCUGGACAAGUUCUUGAAGGACUUCCUGAGCUCCGCCAACCUCUACUUCAUGCUCGGGCAGAACGUGAUCUUCUACGUCCUGGUGGACGACGCUUCCAAAGUGCCGGCCAUCGAGCUGGAGCCCAAGCGGUCGCUGAAGAUCAUCCCGAUCCAGCAGCAACGGCGGUGGCAGGACGUCAGCAUGAUCCGGAUGAAGGUCAUCGGGGACUUGAUCGAGAGCCACAUCCGCCACGAGGUGGACUUCCUCUUCUGCAUGGACGUGGACCAGGUCUUCAAAAGCCCCUACGGGGUGGAGGCGCUGGACGAGUCGGUGGCCCAGCUCCAGGCCUGGUUCUUCAACAAGGACAGGGCCUCCUUCACCUACGAGAGGAACCCCGCCUCGGCCGCCUACAUCCCCUACGAGGAGGGGGACUUCUACUACCACGGGGCCGUCUUCGGGGGCACCCCCACGCGGGUCCUCAACCUCACCCGGGAGUGCUACGAGGGCAUCCAGAAGGACAAGGCCCGGGACCUGGAGGCCGUGUGGCACGACGAGAGCCACUUGAACAAGUACUACCUGCUCCACAAGCCCACCAAAAUCCUAUCGCCCGAGUAUUGUUGGGAUUAUAAAAUUGGACACAACAAGUACAUUCAGUCCGUCAAGUUGGCCUGGGUGCCCAAGGCGUACGGAGAGGUCAGGGAUUACAACUGAUGGGUCAACUAUCCAAGACAUCUAUCUGGGUUUGUGCCAGAAAUCAGACCCGUUUCCGACCUUCAGUCGAAAAGCGGUGGCUCAUCAUCUAAGGACUAGAGAGGAUGUCUGCCUUGAGCAAUGACAACAGUUUGGGUUGUUUCCUCUCAGGGAAGGAUGUGGCUGCCACAUUUUAUGUUGUCACAAAUCUGAAUUGCCAAAAACGAGAACUAGAGGAUAGAUCAGGCAUGGGAAAAUUUCGGCCGUCGGGGUAUUUUGGACUUCAAGUCCCACAAUUCCUGGCCUCAGGCCCUUUCCUUUUCCCCCUCAACCGUUUAAGUCCAAAACACCUUGAUGCCCAAACUUUGCCCAUGCAAGCGUUUUCACCAGUUGGGAUGCUUUCGGUGUGAUUACAAGACAAAGAAAACCCUCGAUUUUUAAGGCUGCCCCUCCUUGGCUAGCAUCUAUUUUUUGCACAUUGGUCAAAGACAUAUUUCAAAUUCAGGCUGAUUUAUUUGUAUAUAAUUUGAAUGGCACGAUAAUUUUUUUAAAAAAAAUAUAUCUGCAAGGUCUACUUUUCUCCCGACACACUUUUGCUAAAGGUGUCACAGAUCACAAACGUGGAUAAAUGCCUUUUGUAAAAAAUAAAAAUAAAAGCAAUAUGAAUUUGUUUUCUA